AUGUCUCAGUACUCAGGAAAGAUCGUGUUCUAUGAGGGGAAAUGUUUCACUGGGAGGAAGCUGGAGAUCUGCAGCGACUGUGACAACUUCCAGGACCGCGGCUUCAUGAACAGGGUCAACUCUGUCCGUGUGGAAAGCGGGGCCUUCAUCUGCUUUGACCAUCCAGACUUCAAGGGCCAACAGUACAUUCUGGAGCAUGGGGAGUACCCUGAAUUCCAGCGCUGGAAUGCCCAUAACGAUCACAUGGGCUCCUGCAGGCCAGUCAGGAUGCAUGGAGAGCACUACAGGAUGGAGCUCUUCGAGGGAGACAACUUUAGCGGCCAGUGUGUGGAGGUGUGCGACGACUGUCCGUUCCUGCAAGCACGAGGCCUGACCAAGAACUGCAUUAACUCCAUCAAGGUUUAUGGAGAUGGAGCCUGGGUGUUGUAUGAGGAGCCUAACUACCGUGGCCGCAUGUACAUUGUGGAGAGAAGAAACUACUGCACCUUUAUGGAGUGGCAGGCAGAGAACCCCAACAUCCAGUCUGUUCGCAGGGUGGCAAACUACUUCUAAAGCAUCUCAUUGUCACUGGCAAUAUGACAGCAGGGAUGAGAUCAU